AUGCGCUUAUGGGGAAUUCUCUCGCUAUUUCUUCUCGCCAUUGUUGUGGUGGCCAAGAGGGACUACUACGAGGUUCUCGGAGUUUCCAAGGAUGCUGGUGACAAGGAAAUCAAACAAGCGUAUAGAGAGCUCUCAAAGAAAUACCACCCAGAUAAAAAUCCUGGCGACGACUCGGCGCAAACCAAGUUCAUGGAGAUUGGCGAAGCAUACGAGGUGCUAAUGGACAAGGAAAAGCGUGCCGCGUACGACAAUUUUGGCCACGAGGGUCUCCAGGGCGGCGGCCAUCAGCAGCAGCAUCAUGAUCCGUUCGACAUGUUUGCCAAUUUCUUUGGCGGCCAGCAGCAACGCCGUGGCAGACCGCGAGGCGCAGAUACCUCAACAGAGCUGACAUUCACACUGAAGGAGUUUUACAACGGGCUCGACACGGAUUUUUCAUUGCAGAUGCAAAACAUAUGCGACAAGUGUUCUGGGUCGGGAUCCCAGGACGGAAAGACCCAUACCUGUUCGCAAUGUAACGGUCGUGGACGCGUGGUAGUUAAAAGACAGCUCGGACCUGGAAUGUUCCAGCGGUUUGAAAGUCCGUGUCCGCAAUGCCAGGGGUCCGGAAAUCAAAUCACCCAUCACUGCAAAAAAUGCCAUGGCCACGGAGUUGUUCGGGGUGACCGCAAAUAUAACUUCCAUUUGCAGCCGGGAACGCCCCGCAACCAUGUUGAGGUGUACCAGGGAGAGUCCGACAAAUCGCCCGAGUGGGAUGCGGGCGAUCUACGGGUCAAGAUUGUGGAAAGCAAUACCGGCAAUUUGGGCUAUCGACGCGUCGGAAAUAAUCUAUACAGGACGGAAAUUCUGACGUUGAAAGAGGCAUUAGGGGGCGGAUGGGAGCGCACAAUUCCGUUUCUUGAUAAUUACGAUAACACGGUGCUACUCAAGCGUGCGCCGGGCGAAAUGGUGCGGAACGGCGAGGUGGAGAGGAUCCGCGGUCGCGGAAUGCCCGUGGCUGGCAGUGUGGACGAGUAUGGCGACCUGUUCAUCCAGUACACGGUUCUGUUCCCAGCAAAAGCAAACAUAAAGGAUGAGUUAUAG